AUGUAUUCCCCCAAAGUUGGCGACUCAAUCGACAGUCUGGACACACCGUCCAUGAUUGCCGAUCUGGAUCUCGUCGAAGCCAACAUCGAAAAACUAAUGGGCAAACUCCUCCCAACUGGCCUUGACAUCCGCCCACAUCUCAAAACAACAAAAAGUGCAAUCCUCGCACACAAACUCGUCAAGGCAGGCGCAAAGGGCGGCUGCGUGGCCAAAGUGAGCGAAGCAGAAGCCCUUGCAGAUGCCGGAUUUGAGGAUCUGUUUAUUACAUGCGAGGUUGUUGGUCCUACCAAGGUCAAGAGGCUGGUGGACUUGUAUCGCAAGUAUCGGAAUGUUCGAAUCGUUGUGGAUAGCAAUGUUGGAGCGACGGCUAUCAAUGAUGCUUUGGCGAGUUCUGGAAUUGAUGAGCCGAUCUCUGUCCUUAUUGAUCUUGAUGUCGGACUUCACCGGACUGGUGUUCUGCCCGGGGAACCGGUGCUGGGCCUGGCGCGACAUGUUGGUGGUCUGAAGCAUUUGAAACUCAUUGGUCUCCAUGGCUAUGAGGGACAUUUACAGCAUUUACAUGAUUACGAGGAUCGGAAGGGCCAAUGUCUUGAGUCUAUGAAGACACUUACGAAUACAGCGGAUGUGCUGCGGAAGGCAGGCUUCAAUAUCGAGGUGGUGACUACUGGAGGAACCGGGACGGCGGAGUUCUGUGCUUCGGUCCCUGGUGUGACCGAGCUUCAGCCGGGAUCUUUCAUCUUCAUGGACACGGAUUAUCGGAAUGCUGUGGGCACAUUCUAUUCCAAUAGCUUGACGAUUCUGUCGACGGUCUUGAGUCAGCAGGGUCCUCAUUCGGUCACCAUUGACAGUGGACUGAAGUCGUUGACUACGGACAGUGGGUUGGCGGAGUGCAAGGACCCGAGAUACUCAUAUGGUGUUCUUGGGGACGAGCAUGGCUCGCUCAGUUGGGAAGAGGGAACCCCUGCGCUGUCGGUCGGCGAUCGUGUGGAAAUGGUCCCAAGUCACAUUGACCCGACGGUCAACUUGCACGAUGUUUAUUAUGCCCACCGUGGGGGAAUCAUUGAGGAAAUAUGGCCGGUGGAUUCUCGGGGCAAGGUUCAAUAA